AUGUCGUUGUCGGUCGCUGGGCGGGUGCUCGCCGCCGCCGCGUCGCAUUCGAGCCAUGAAGGAGGAGCAAGGACCUGGAAGAUCCUGACUUUCGUGCUGGCCUUGCCCGGCGUGGCCGUGUGCACGGCCAACGUCUACAUGAAGAUGCAGGGCCACUCCCACGAGCAGCCCGAAUUCGUGCCCUACGAACAUCUGCGUAUCCGCACCAAGAAAUUCCCGUGGGGAGACGGCAACCACUCGCUGUUUCACAACGCUCACACCAACCCUCUGCCCGACGGCUACGAGAGUUCCCACCACUGA